CGCAGGGUGACGUGUCUGAGCCGGAGAACCGGAAGUCGCGGCUGCGGAGGGAGCGGAGCUGCGAUGCCGUUGAGAGACCCGGUACAGGCCGCCAGGCGCCCCCUCCCCGCCCGGGCGCCGCGGCGUGUCCCCGCGGCCAUGGGCCUCCCGCGGCGGCGGCUGCUGCUGCUGCCUGUGGCGCUGCUGGCGGCCUGCGCGCCCCGCGGCGGAGCCUUCUACCUGCCGGGCCUGGCGCCCGUCAACUUCUGCGAGGAGGGGCGGGCGUCGGACGAGUGCAAGUCUGUGAUAGAGCUGUUUGUGAACAGGCUUGACUCUGUGGAAUCUGUUCUUCCCUAUGAAUAUACUGCGUUCGAUUUUUGCCAAGCAGCAGGUGAAAAACGUCCAUCUGAAAAUCUUGGUCAAGUAUUGUUUGGAGAGAGAAUAGAACCAUCACCAUAUAAGUUUACAUUUAAGAAGGAAGAGAAAUGUAAAUCUGUUUGCACAAAAGUAUAUGACACAAAAAACCCAGAGGAUAAGCAAAAACUGGACUUUUUGAAAAAAAGCAUGUUGUUGAACUAUCAACAUCAUUGGAUUGUGGACAACAUGCCUGUAACUUGGUGCUAUGAUGUUGACAACAACCAGAAGUUUUGCAAUCCUGGAUUUCCUAUUGGCUGUUUUACUACAGAAAAAGGUCAUCCAAAGGAUGCCUGUGUCAUUAAUGCAGAGUUUCGUGAAGAAGAUACCUUUUACAUAUUCAACCAUGUAGAUAUUAAGAUAUUCUACCAUGUUGUAGAAAAGGAGGCGGUAGGAGCAAGACUCGUAGCUGCUAAACUUGAACCAAAAAGCUUCAAACAUACACAUAUAGAUAACCCUGACUGCUCAGGACCACCCAUGGGUAUAAGUAACAAGGCUAAUGGGGAGAUCAAAAUUGCUUACACGUACUCAGUUAGCUUUCAGGAAGAAGAAAAGAUAAAAUGGGCAUCCAGAUGGGAUUAUAUUUUGGAAUCCAUGCCACACACCCAUAUUCAGUGGUUUAGCAUCAUGAAUUCCUUGGUGAUUGUCCUUUUCCUAUCUGGGAUGGUAGCUAUGAUCAUGUUAAGGACACUACAUAAAGACAUUGCAAGAUAUAAUCAGAUGGAUUCCACUGAAGAUGCCCAGGAGGAAUUUGGCUGGAAACUGGUUCAUGGAGACAUAUUCCGGCCCCCAAGAAAAGGAAUGCUACUCUCUGUUUUUCUCGGCUCUGGCACACAGAUCUUAAUUAUGACUUUUGUUACUCUGUUUUUUGCUUGCCUGGGAUUUUUGUCGCCUGCUAACCGAGGAGCAUUGAUGACCUGUGCCGUGGUCUUGUGGGUGCUGCUUGGAACUCCAGCAGGUUACGUUGCUGCCAGAUUCUACAAAUCUUUUGGUGGUGAGAAAUGGAAAACAAAUGUCCUGCUGACAUCAUUCCUUUGUCCUGGAAUUGUAUUUGCGGAUUUCUUUAUCAUGAACCUCAUUCUUUGGGGAGAAGGAUCUUCAGCAGCUAUUCCCUUUGGAACUUUGGUUGCUAUUUUGGCACUUUGGUUUUGCAUAUCUGUGCCACUGACAUUUAUUGGUGCCUACUUUGGUUUUAAGAAAAAUGCUAUUGAACACCCAGUUCGUACCAAUCAGAUUCCUCGUCAGAUUCCUGAACAAUCAUUCUACACAAAACCAUUACCUGGCAUUAUCAUGGGAGGGAUUUUGCCCUUUGGGUGCAUCUUUAUACAACUUUUCUUCAUUCUAAAUAGUAUUUGGUCCCAUCAGAUGUAUUAUAUGUUUGGCUUCCUAUUUCUUGUGUUCAUUAUUUUGGUUAUUACAUGUUCUGAGGCCACUAUACUGCUUUGCUAUUUCCAUCUGUGUGCAGAGGAUUAUCACUGGCAGUGGCGUUCCUUCCUUACCAGUGGUUUUACUGCAGUUUAUUUUCUGAUAUAUGCAAUACACUAUUUCUUUUCUAAACUGCAAAUCACAGGGACAGCAAGCACCAUUUUGUACUUUGGUUACACCAUGAUAAUGGUUUUGAUCUUCUUUCUUUUCACAGGGACAAUUGGAUUCUUUGCAUGCUUUUGGUUUGUGACCAAAAUUUACAGCGUGGUGAAAGUUGACUGAUGGAAGAAACCCCAGUGUGUGAAAGUUGGCACAGAAGGGAUUUGAUCUUCAUUAACAUAAUUUAAAGACCUGUUCUUGGUGAUGAAUUUAAGCUUUAUCAGAAGUAUUGACAUCUUGUUCCCUGGGAAUGAUACUGAAUACACAUCCUCCUCAAAACACUUUUUCCACAAAAGCGUUUGUAUUGUGAUUUAACAAUCUGUUUUCAUUCAAAUCUUCUUAAUGAAGACCAGAGUUAAAUAUUGUAUGCAUUUGUAAAUAUAACUAUACUGUAAUAAAAACAUUAAAUUCUAAUGGCAGAAUAGAAGUGGCUGUAUUACGCAACUUAAUGAUCCUGCUGAAUAAAAUACAAUUGUAAAUAGGAUUUUCUAGGCUUGGUAGGAGGGAUGAAUUAUUUUUCUUUUGAAGGAAAUGAGAACUUUUUAUCAUGCUAACUUUAAGGAUGUCUCCAAGGUGGGUUGCUGUUUUGGAUGUGUUUUUUAUUUUGUACUAGUGAUAUGUCCAUAAAUAUUCCAAUUUCUGUGACUUCAUUGGUUUCAGUGUUAUUGGCCUUUUAAACUAUGUGCCUCUGAGUCUUUGAAUUUAUAAAUUCAUAACCUUGUUGUAAAAAUAUCUUCAAUGGGUAAUUACAUAUUAGAAAUUUAUGAAGUUAUGUAAAUACAGAUAUAUUGACAAGGGAGGUUUUAAAAUUAUGUGGAGUCUUUUAUUGCAUUUUACUAUAUUUGAUUAAUGUAUAUUGACACUCCUUUUGAUCUGGGAAAAAAUCAGUUGUCCUAAAUGACUAAUGCUUAAAAUGUGAUAGUGGUGUGUGAGAAUGAAAUUAGACAAUUACACAUAUGCACUGCAGGAUUAAUCCAGCCCUUAACCAAGCUACUUUUUCUGAGACUAAAUCAUAUGUGGAGAAGAUCUUAAUAUAUGCGCAGCAUUCACUGCUGAUCUUCUUUUAACUGAUCUUAAUGAUGCAUAUUCCAUAAAGCACCUGUGGCUAGAUUUAUUUAAGCAAAAAAACCAAAAAACCCACUGUUUUUGCCUCGUGUUCUGAGAAACGAAUCAGUUCCAGGUGACUGACUAGAAUGACUUAUUCCACAGUAAAUUUUAACAAAUUUGAAAUGUUCUUGUUCAGUAAUUUAGAUUCAUAACUGUUCAUCUAUCCGCAAGGACAGCAUGUUUCCCACAGUCUGAUAAAAUAUUAUUAAACUGCAUGUACUAGUUGUCAGUCAUAAAUUAAAUUUCUUUUGUCUGAUUUUUCUAAUGGUAUGCUUUUCUAAAAGACCUUAACCUAAUGAUGCUCGAAUACUGAAUCAAUAAAAAUAUUGUUGGUUAA